AUGAACAUGGUUGUGUUUCAGUUGACCUUCAUUGUUGACAUUGUGGACAUCUAUGAGUCUAUCCGUGAACGGCAGCGUCAUGACAGCGAAAGGUCCACCUGCAGCACCUUGGAGCAGAACGACAUUGAAGCUGUUGAAGCCCUUGUUUGUAUGAGCUCCUGGGGUCAAAGAUUGCAGAAAGGUGACAUAUUAAAGAUAAGGCCCCUCACGCCCUUCUCGGAUUCUGGGGAUUUCACAAUGCACGCCGAGGCUACGGCUGAAUUACCAAAGGACUAUCUAUCGACACUGUGCAUGACUCCUCCGCACAGCCCUGACUUGGUUGAGAUGUCGGCAGCUACGCUCCUGUCCUCGCAAGUCACUUACUCCAAACCAAGGACUGUCAUGGCAAACACAGCUGCCUGCUCAGUCACAUCAGUGACCGGUGCCUCCCCCAUAACCAAGCCAUCUGUUCCCAGCGUGGGGCAGCAGUGCAGUCAGAAGCCAGUGAUCUCUGAAUCCUCUGCACCUCAGCCUUGCAGGGCCAUGGCAACAAGCGUCAUACGUCACACAGGUGAUAGUUCUGCUUACCAUCACAUUCCUGCUGUGCAAGAGAAAACAAAGGUAACUUCAGGCUACAGCACUUCCAGAGACUGGUGUGGAGCGGAUGACCGAAAACAUUCCAGACUGCCACAGGACACGUGUGCUGUGGAUGAUUCAGUCAACAAAACCUCUCCAGGACAUCAGCCGUGUGCACAUGACUCCAGUGAUAUUGUGACCAAUAAAGGGCAACUACCAGUCCGGCCUGUUUCACCGCAAACCCACUUACCAAAGAAUUGUGACAAUGACUUGCAAAAAAGAGCUACCCCAGUGACACUUGCCUCUGUCUCAAGCCCCCAGGUUCUCUGUCAAAUGAUCCCUUUAAAUGGACAAAGCAGCAUGAUCAAUGCCUAUGUCAAGCCUUCAACUCCAGCACUCCCGACUCCCAUGAAACCUAUUUUACCGCAGACAGCCCCACUCUCCCAGCCUGUGCUCAUGGGACCUUCUGUGCCUCAGGGGACUGUCAUGUUGGUUCUUCCUCAGCCCGCUGUCACACAGACACCGCAGUGCCCACAGACCGUGGUGACUGUUGGCAGCACCAAGUUACUGCCCCUCGCCCCUGCUCCCGUGUUCAUCGCUUCUGGUCAGACCUGCGCCCCCCAGAUGGACUUCUCCAGACGGAGGAAUUACAUUUGUGACUUCCCGGGGUGCAAGAAAACCUAUUUCAAAAGUUCCCACCUCAAAGCCCACCUUCGCACCCACACCGGAGAAAAACCUUUCAGCUGCAACUGGGACGGCUGUGACAAGAAGUUUGCCCGCUCGGAUGAACUGUCACGGCACCGCAGGACGCACACGGGGGAGAAGAAGUUCUCUUGUCCGGUGUGCGAGCGCCGCUUCAUGCGCAGCGAUCACCUGACGAAGCACACCCGCCGCCACAUGACCACCAAGAAGACUCCCAGCUGGCAGACAGAGGUUGGCAAACUCAGCAGAAUUGCCACAGCAGAGAAACCCAAGAGCAGCAGCGCUCUGAGUAUGCUCGUCCCCGUGCCAUCACCUGUCUGCCAGGGCUAG